AUGUUGAGUAGCCGUGAGAUUCUCAACUUCUUAGUAAGGAAGAAGGACGCGAGGAAGAUACUGAAGCGCAAGGACAGUGACGCUGGGGAACGAGGUAUGGGGCUCAUUCCUGGUGGGAAGCUGGACACUUACAAUCCGCCGUAUUACGAGUUGUUUACGGAAGAACCCCCGUCGCCGAAUCCAGAUUCGCGACCGAUUCCUUGUCAGGGUGUUGAGGUCGAGCCCGACGUGGUUGUCGUCGAUGUCCUGAAACUCGGGGCUACGCAUCGCGUUGAGCUCGACGGCGACGACGCGGUUGGAUUCGCUGCCCAUGUUGGUGGAAUUGAAGAGACCCAGGUGCUGGCUGGCGACGGCGUGAGUGAAAUCGAUGGUGGGGGAGAUGACGAAGGCGAUGCCGUGACCGCCCGUCGAUGGCGAUUCUAG